AUGGUAGAAAUUGUUUCGCGCCUCCUAUUUAUAAUACGAAAGUCUGCAAAUUGGUGUCUUAUAGGAUUUCUAAACGAAAGCAAAGAAGAACCUUUCCAGCUGAAAGUGGACCUAUACUUGAGAUCCCUUAGGUGGAUUAUUAAUUAUGAAAAAGGAUUUAGAAAGGAAAAAUCCCAACUUCUUUAUAACAAAUAUAAUAGCAAGGAAA